AUGGCCGCACUAGGUCCAGAGGUGACAGUGGAGAUGAAAAAUGCUCUGCUAUCAGUGAAGCUGGAUAACAAGAUGACUUUUGAACCCGCCGAAGUGUUGAAGGAAUUCGAGGAACUAAACAUCACACCAAACAAGGUCAUGAGGGAACUGACCAACAAGAACCUCAAGAUUCCUCUGAGGAAUGCCUUCGAAGUAGUCAUUGGUCUGGUUCAGGGAGGCCAUGCUUCCAGCAUCAGCCAGGUCUUGGAGAUAGUCAACCCGUCGGAGCAGCUGCGCGAGCAACAGUUCCAACGACGCCAGCAGAUGCACGUCAACAGGUUCGCCACCCGACAACGCACGUUCGACUACCACGACACCAUGAACUGCGUCCUGGAGUUGCUGUCCAUGAACUGCUGCGAGGGGGCAGUUGAUCUCCUGAAGUACGCCAUCAACAACGUCCUGCUGUCCGACAGCGAGGAAAAGUUGGCUCUGGGACUCAGGAGUGUCGUCAUGGAGUUGCUUAGGAAGGGAGUGGGACCUCGAACCGAUUGCAUACGCUGCCCUCAAACUGCAGAAGACCGGGGUUUGAGUUCAAGUGUCAUUACUUCUGGCCUGCACUCUUUAAGGCAGCCAAUCAGAAGGAUGUUGACGGCAAGCGUCUACAGACUGACGGAUUUCUUGCUGAAGACUGUCCACACGGAACCUGGCAGCAUGCAGAAGACAGUUUUCAACUGGUCGCUGAUGCCACUAGUGGAGAAGUGUGCCCAGGAUUAUCCGGAUGUCCUGAAGAGAUAUAAGGAAAUAGAUGUUCCCAAAUCGAUGAGGGAGAUGUUUGAAGUGGCCUGCCUGCUCCAGAGGGGGGCCUUCACAGAGGCACGUAAUCUAAUUGAGAGUGGAUACAAGUAUGCAGGACAUUUAGUGCAGAACGCCCUGAGUGAAGGCUGGAUUAACAGCGGCUUCAAGUCUAGAGAACUUGUUGAUUUGUUAAAGACCUUGAACUUGAGAUCAGUUGCGCCGAUGAAGACGAACUCGAUGAUGUUGUUGAAACUGUUGAAGACCAAUCACAACAACUUAACUGCUGAACAUUUCAACGACCUGAUUGCAUGCUGGGUUGAUGCGGAUUUGAAGCUGCUACCGAGGUACACUCAUCCUUUGAAGGUCGAGGCGGGCAAGAGAGGGGUCACCGUCGAAAAUGUCAAGAGAUUGACUGACCAGAUAACAUCCUCCCAGUUCAGCAUGGGAUUUGAUUCACCAAUCACAAAGGAUCUCAACAGCAAGGAUUACUUACAACCACUAACAACAGCAACAACUUCAACAAAGACAACAACUGCAAAGACGAGACCUGAAAAAUCUUCCUCGAAUGUUAAAUUUUUGCCAUGCGCAGGCUUCAAGAACACCAUUCAUGGACUCUCAGAAAAGCCCGACCUUCCAGUUUUACUUUCAGUCGAGAAGAUGAACCUGCCCAUGAGGAUCAAAUCUUUCUUCCAGAGGAAAUUGUUUAGCGCUUAUGUCAAUGAGAACAAAGGCAAAGAGAUGAUUGACAGGCUGAAGGACACGCCCACAAUGAUGGCUAACUAUUUGUCAGUCGAUGUUCUCAGGAAGUUGUCCGAGAAGGAUGCCAAGCUGUUUGAACAUGUUGAAUCUAUUUUCAUGAGCCAUCCUCCGAUGAUGACCAGAACGCCAACACAAGCAACGAGCAAGGAAGCCUCCAGCGCUACUACAACCGCUACCACUUCUACUACUAGUACUACUGCUGCCACAGACUCUCUUGCCACUGAUGACGUCAAGAAGGGGACUGCGGCCUCAAAGAUGAAUGGAAGAUUGUACAUUACUCCUUACCUGGCGUUCUAUACUCAUUAUGUUAAGGGUAAUCAGCCUGACAAGGCUAAGAUGCUGUUGGAAAAGUUUCCCCAGAUGAAGAAUAUGUUGAGAUUGGGAUUGCUUUGCAAGUCGCUCAAAAUGGAGAAGAAUGAGGAGAUGCUGGUGAGGUUGUUGGACCUGCAUGAAGAUAAGGAGAACCCCAAAAGAGUCAUUCCAAUCUUCAACAACCUCCUCCUAAGCAAAUGUGAGUCGAAUGAUCACAAGUCAGCGUUGAGGGUUUACAAUGACGCCCUGUCACGUGGUAUCGUCUUUGAUGAUUUCUCCGUUAGGUCCCUGCAAGCCCUCCAGUCUGUUCUGCAGGGUCACAACCAACCGAUGCCCUGGAAAGAAGGUGAGCUAGAGAAGAAAGCGGAGUUGGCUUCCAGAAAGGACUUCUCUGAUUCCGACUCUGAUUAAUAAUAACUAUAAUAAUAUAAUAAUAAUAAUAAUUAAAAUAAUAAUAACAUUAAUAUUAAUAAAAACAAUAAUGAUGAUUAUAUGAAGAAAGUAUGACCUCUGAUUAAUUAGUUUAAAAUGGAUAUUAUGAUGAAGAACAUCUUGAUGUUGAACAACAUGAAGAACAUAUG